UCAUUAGAAACAAUGGGGAAGCUAGAACAAAUAAAUGGUAACGUUGCAAUGACAUUGGAUAAGUUAGCUGGAAUACGAAGCGAUUUGGUUCGGACCGACCCAGAAUGGGAGGACUGGGACUACAACAAACUGACUGAGGCCCUAAAGUUGUGGACUCGACGAAAUCCCAUCAAUGAUUCGAUAAAGAAAGACACUCGUCCACGAAACCGUGACAACAAGGUAUUCAAUACAAAGCUGGGUGCGCGAGGGUGUGUUUAUUGUGAUGCAAAGGAGCACAAGUCGACUGACUGUCCCAAAGUUGUCGAUACCAAGGAAAGAAAGUCAGUACUGGCCAAACGGCGACUUUGUUUCAACUGCACGGGCGAAGGUCAUCAAGCGGCGAGUUGUACAAGCAAGAUAGCAUGUCAGAACUGCGAACGGCGACACCAUACAUCAGUCUGCAACCAACCGAAGGAAAGGAAUAACCUCAUGACUGCAAAGAAUGGCGAAGGAACAUUUCCAAUUGUGACGGUGAAGGUGAAUGGGGUAACCUGCAGAGCCCUUGUGGAUUCGGGAGCUGGCAGCUCAUACGUUUCAGCUAAACUGGUUAGUCUCCUGAAUAAAAAACCUGUUGAUGUGAAAAUGAAACAAAUUGAUAUGCUUAUGAGUAGUAAGUUGGAACGCCUCGAGACAUACGAAACGGAGAUACGGUCAGUUGAUGGGGACUUCAGCAUGCAAGUGGACUUAAUCAAGGUAAAUAAGAGUGAACUCUUGUCAAUUGACAACCCACGCUAUAAGGUCCAAGUUGAUACCUACCCCCAUCUUAAAGGAGUGCAUAUUCAUGAUGAUGAUGCAAAGCCCCAGUUACCAGUGCAUGUCGUUCUUGGAGGGGGAGAGUAUGCCAGAAUAAAAACCGAGAGUUGUCCGAGAGUUGGGAAAGAAGGUGAACCCAUCGCUGAACUCACAAAGUUGGGGUGGUUUAUUAUGUCUCCAGGACAGGAGUUUGACCAUAAUAACAUGAUGUUAACACAGACCUGUCAGUCAGAUUAUGAGGAACUCUGCCGACUAGAUGUACUGGGACUGUCUGACACAGCAGAGCACGACCAAAGUGAAGUUUACAGGGAGUUUAAGGAGCAGUUACAGCGAUCUCCAGAGGGCUGGUACACAACCAGUCUACCUUGGAAAGGGAAUCACCCUCCCCUUCCUACAAAUGAGAAUGGAAGCCUUCGGCGUCUCACAUCCCUGCAGAAUCGUCUUCUCAAAAGGGGACUCUUCGAACAGUACGAUGCUAUAAUCGAAGACCAAAAGGUUCAAGGAAUUGUUGAGGAAGCACCAGCAAAACCUGAGAACAGGGAGAGUUACAUACCCCACAAGGAAGUGGUGAGAGAGACAGCGACAUCUACCAAACUGCGUGUAGUAUAUGACGCAUCAGCGAAAGCAACCCCAGACAGUCCUUCACUUAACGAUUGUCUUUAUCCCGGACCCUCCUUGCAGAAUAAACUCUGGGAAGUGCUCGUGCGACAAAGAACCCACCCAGUGGCCUUGGCAGGUGAUAUUAAACAAGCUUUUCUGCAGAUACGCAUCAAAGAGACAGAGAGAGAUGCUCUUCGAUUUCAUUGGAGACGAAGAAAUGACGAAAUCCAGAUCCUACGGUUUACUAGGGCGCUGUUUGGACUAGCACCAUCACCAUUUCUUCUCGGUGGCGUCCUGGAAGCACACCUGGAUAUGUGGAAAGAGAAACGACCCAACGAUGUUGAAGAGAUUAGACGCAGUUUGUACGUUGACGACAUUCUCAGCGGUGGUGAAACAGUUAAGCAAGCACAAGAGCGAAAGGAAGCUGCCAUAACUAUACUUGAUGAUGCCAGAUUCUCACUUCAUAAGUGGGCAUCGAACGAAAGCGACCUUGAAGACGAACCAAAACUGCCAACCAGUGAUGAAAACCAGACGGCUGCAAAGAUGCAGUUGGGCGUAGCACCGACAGAGUCAAAGAUACUUGGAAUGCCAUGGAACAAAAGGGAAGAUACCUUGGGUGUGCAAUUGACCCAUGAAGAGAACAGCGCGACAACAAAACGGGAAAUCCUCAGACAUUUGGCUAAAGUUUAUGACCCCCUGGGCCUUGCUUCACCCUUGACAUUGCUAGGGAAGAUCAUCUAUCGAGACAUUUGUGAUGCAAAGCUCCCAUGGGAUGCUGAACUUGACGGCGUGCUGAAGUCACGAUGGUUGUCAUGGAAACGGAUGCUUCCUGAUAUGAUAACAGUCCCUAGACCAAUCGCUCGACAUCAGGAGCCAAUUACAGAUAUCCAACUUCAUGGAUUCGGCGACGCUAGCAAUCAAGGAGUCAGUGCUGUUGUAUACGCGCUCGCCAAACAAGACUCCGGAGACACCCAAACGUUAGUGGCUGCAAAGUCUCGCCUGGCGAAACGUGGACUUACCAUACCUCGGCUAGAAUUGGUCGCUGGUCAUAUGACAGCAAACCUGGUUAGCAAUGUGGCGAAGGCGAUCGGUGAAGAAAGAGUGUCACAACAACAUGCAUGGCUUGACAGUACAGUCGCUCUGUAUUGGAUACGAGGCAUGGGGGAGUACCGACAGUUUGUGGCUAAUCGUGUCAUAAAAAUUCAAGCUCACUCCAACAUCGAAUGGCAUCACGUUCCUACCUCAGAGAACCCUGCUGACAUAGGUAGCAGAGGAGGGCAGCCGACAGAGAAAUGGCUAAAUGGUCCAACGUGGCUUGGUAAUGAAAUGAAAUGGCCUGAAAGCCCCCAUCUCCAUGCAUCCUCAGAAUCACAGUCUGAAGCCAAGGUAACUCGAGAAGUGUUAGCAGCCGCGGUGGCUGAGCCCGAGCGAGAUGAUCAUGUAAACCUACUUGAGAAGAAUACCUUGACAAAGACCCUGAGAAUCGGUGCGUGGGUCAAGAGAUUUAUAUAUAAUUGCAAGAAUGAGAGAGACAACCGAAUUGGAGGUCCUCUUCGUUAUGACGAAAUCCUGAAGGAAGAGAAGUGGUGGAUUGCUAAAGUCCAGAAGUUGAUUUCAGAAGAAGAACGAGAAAAGCGUAAAGAUCUUAACCUGCAAACAAAUCAGGACGGACUGUUAGAAUGUCGCGGCAGAAUUGAGGGACAUUACCCACUGUACCUCCCUGAUGCUGCACUGUUUUCAACGAAGCUGGUCGAGCGGGAACACAGAGCAACCUUGCAUGGUGGAAUUUCGCUUACAAUGACUAGGAUAAGACAGCGUUUCUGGAUUCCUAAAUUGCGCAGCCUCGUGAAACGGGUUCGAAGCAAUUGUUGGGGAUGCAAGCGAAGUCAAGCAAAACCAUUGGGAGACCCUUCAUCUGGUCCACUUCCAAGCAGCAGGACAACGGGGAACACACCAUAUUCCGUGAUCGGUGUGGACUUUGCGGGUCCUAUUCUUUACCGUGCAAGCAAGAAAAUUGAAAGGAAAGCUUACUUAGUGGUUUUCGCGUGCAGCCUCACACGAGGAGUACACCUGGAACUGUUAAAGAGCCUUGAAACUGAAGAGUUUCUACAAAGUUUUAAACGCUUUAUUGCCCGACGAGGAAGACCUUCAGUCGUGUAUUCCGACAACGGAGCCACCUUUAAAGCUGCAGUGACAUGGCUAAGGAAAGUUUGGAAAGAAGAGAAAUUCCAUGAAGCUCUUUGCAAUCUUGAGAUUGUUUGGCGAUUCAACCUCGCGAAAGCACCAUGGUGGGGUGGUCAAUACACGCGCCUCAUUGUUAUUUUCAAAUCUAUGUUUCGUAAGACAGUCGGGGGUGGACUCUUGUCUUUUUCGGAACUAGACGAAAUCGUGCUCGACGUAGAAGUGUGCAUGAACAACCGUCCCCUAACAUACUUGGAGGAUGAUCCUCAGCUGCCUGUCUUGACACCAAACUCGUUUCUGUUCCAACAACCAACAGCUGUACCAGAGCUACAACCUCAUCAAUUAAAAGAGCGUGACCUGAAGAAACGUCUUAGGUUCCUUUGUACAACGAAAGAUGGACUAUGGAACCGCUGGACACGAGAGUAUCUCACAGGACUAAGGGAGAGACAUAAAAUUGUUCGUGGGUCUAAAGCAGAAUGCCCAAAUGUAGGAGAUGUUGUCAUUGUUAAGGGAGAAAACAAGAAUAGAAAUACCUGGAAACUGGGAAAGAUCGUCCGACUUAUUACCGGCAGAGACGGAGUGGUGCGAGGCGUAGAGUUACAAACGGGGAAUGGAAGACUGGAGCGACCGUUGCAACUAAUUUACCCUGUGGAACUUCAUUGCGACCAAGAGGCUGUCGAACGGGAAGCUCCACCACUUAAUGCACAAGCGAAAGAAUUCAGACCUAAAAGGAAAGCGGCAGAGAAUGCAGCAGCGAAGAUCAAUAAAGUACUUGCGGAGGAAGACGAGACGGUGAUAGAUUGAACGAGAGAUUGAACGAGAGAUUGGGACAUUAGUUCCUUUUGUUGCAUACAUCUCAUUAGAAAAGAUGUAUGGGGGGAGUGUGUCGGAACUAAUGUAAACAUUAACAGCAAACACUAUACUAAUCAACUAACAUAAAUAAUAUAGUUCAUGUUUAUUAUACUAACCUAAUUACCAAUUCACCGGAAGUGACGGCGCUAAUUCAUUGUUUGGGUUAGCCAAUAGACAGAGACUAUUUACAUGUGCUUUAUGGGGGAAUAUAUUUGUUAUUGGGAUCGGGAAAUUUGUAGUUUUACUUGUGAGAAUAUUUGAGAGAGAAAUUGUGAUUUUAAACUGUGAUUUGCUGUGUUUCUUAUUAUUAUUGUCUGGGCGACGGGCAGUAGUUUCCUACACCAGUGCAGAUCCUCCCCCCCUGGCGGAUUGUUUUCAAACGAGGAGGCCAGGAUGCUGUGCCGCUCUCGUGGCAACGAUCGUGGGGUUAGCGCCUCUUUCGAAAAUGGAAUUUUGGAAUUUGGACAAACAAAGUUCGUCUUGUGUCACGAGAAUUGCUGCAAUGGUGAACAAACCAAGUUCUUUCGAAAGAAGAACGCUCGUACUAUUAGGCGAUGUGAAAUUUAUUGCUCUGCAACGAUUCUGAGGCGAGAUAUUGGACUCGAUGUCGGAGGAUAUAUCUGAUAAGUGGCUAGCCUUGUAGUUAUUUAUGUCCUAUGUAGCCAGUGCCAGUACUGACGAUCGUUCAAGUACGACGAAAACGUAAAGCAAUCGCAUCAACUAAACUCAGAAACACAACAAAUGCAUUCCAUUAACAAGUUAGUCCUUUAUAGAUAUAUUUUUUACAUAUACUGCUAAUAUUUUUUUAAUUAUUUCGUUAUUAAAUAUUAUAACGGUUAAAUAUUUCGUAUAAAUAUUCAAAUAUAUAGACCAUUCGGAGAUUGGGCCGCCUGUGAUAUUGAUAUGCUAUAAAUAACAAAAUUAGAAUAACAACAGUGCAGCAUUACCAUAUUAGGUCAUGAUAAGCCGUUGCCUAUAAUAUUUAAAAUAACACAACAAUCCAUGAUUUACCGUAAGGGGCGGACCAUUUGAUUUUUGAGGGGGGGGGGUGGAAGAUUUCGGAAAAAAAAAUCCUGCAACCCAAGGAGAAAGAAAAAAAAAUCAUGCAGCACACAAUCGAGAAAAAAAAAUAUCAUGCAAAAGAGAGCGCUCAAAAUAAAUGUUCUACAUGUAACUCUACUGAUGCUCUUCACUUCAGUAUUGUGUCCACAGGCUUGCAAGAUUUUGCAUUUUUGAGCAGGCACAUUUGCUUAAAAGAACACAGGGUGAACAGUGGAUAACAUCACAGGGAUUCUACCGCCUUUGGAGCCUCUGACAUACGAUAGCCAGUGGUGUUCCCUGGCAAAAUUGUUGCCCCACCCCCUGAGAAAAUCUGGGCUUAAGAUAAUUAUGUACAAGUUUAUAAGUUAUUUAUACAUAUCUAAUAUGCAUGGUAGAAAAAGUAUUUUUGGAUGGUUGAGUCUGUGUGCGUUUUUUGAUAACAUAGCUCCAAACUAUUAAAGCUUCAAAGGCCCAUCUACAGGAUGCAAGUUGAACGUACUGUAUAUACGAUGAUUUUAAUUCAGAAAAUGACCGAGUUUAGAGAGUCUAGAUUUUAAAAAAAUUCUGAAGAGGAUGCAACCCGAUCCCCAACAAGCUAUCUUUAUGAACGAUUGAAAAGCUACAGAGCUAUAUUUGGUGGUUAAAAUUGCAUUAUUUAAAUCUUGUUUUAGUACAUAUUAGUAUAAUUACAUAGGUGAUUAUUGAAAAUUCUCCACGCUGAUUGGUUACCGUUGAGGUGAUUAUUGCGCGAUAAUCACCUAAGCGAUUUUCAAAAUGGCGGCCGAAGCCGUUUUGUCAAUUAAAAGACGAAGAAAUGUGCAUUUUUUUAUUUUUUCCCAAAUAAUCACCUAUGAAAUUAUACUAAAACAAUUAUUCACCUCAGGCUCGGUGAUUAUCGUGAAUAAAAACCUCGACUUCGUCUCGGUUUUUAUUCACCGAUAAUCACCUCGCCUUCGGUGAAUAAUUGUUAAUUAAUCAAAGCUCAUUUUGUGAUUUUCCCUUGUUUAAAAUAAGGGACAGUAAGUGUUCCUUAGGCUUAGUACAGCAAAGUUGUUGUGGACGAAUCAAGGCUGAAAACGCAGGAAAUAGCAUUUCCGAGGUUCAAAUUUUAAUAUUUUCUCGGGAGAGCAUGCCCCCGAACCCCCCAAGUUUACAGGUCAUUCAAAUACUGUACCCUCCUCUAUCCCUGCAUGUUUUAGGUUUUGGUGCAGUUAUACAUUCUUUGUAAGUAAACUUGCACGCUUUAGUGUGGGGAACAUUAACACAUAACCAUAUAAAAUAAAGCACAGUGAAAAUUCCUUGGCCCCUCUUGGGAUUCAGUUCUCAGCCUCCUCUGACUGAGAACCCCUGCUACGUCUCCGAUGAUAGCUAUAUGAAAGCCUAAAGUUACUGUAAGCCGUUAUUAUGAGAGGCAAAAAAAAUAUCCUGCCGCCAAAUAUAUUGGGAAAAAAUAUCUUGCGCUGCACUUUUACAGGAAAAAAUAUCUGUCUUGUUCGCCUGGGCGGAAAAAAAAUUCUUGCACAGACUGAAUUUCCCCCCCCCCCCUUCAAAAGUCAAAUGGUCCGCCCCUAAUUAAGCAAGUUAAAAUAAAUCACUACCGGCCCACAAUUCAAAAUCAUGGCAAGUGUUCUUUGCAGAAUUAAAGUCGUGAUAAGGCAUAAUUCAUGUUUGACGGCAGUAAUGUCUAUUUAUAAAUGUCGAGCGGAGUACUGGAUCCAAAUGUACUGAUUUUCGUGCAAAAGUCGCCGGUGUUUCCCAGGGCAUGUACUAAAAGGCGAAACGUCGAAACGAAACGACCGAAACGAAACGGCCGAAACCAUCGAGACCACCGAAACGACCGAAACGAAACGACCGAAACGAAACAACCGAAACGAAACGACCGAAACGAAACAACCGAAACGAAACGGCCGAAAAUGUAAAUUAUAGGAAAAUUGAAAAAUGCGGAUACGGACGGACGGACGGGGGGGACAGGCGGAUGGACGGGGGGACAGGCGGAUGGACGGGGGGGACGGCUUCAUUUGACACGGAACUCAAUUUUAAAAUCAAAUCCGCGUUUUGUUGAAAGGGAUAUAUUAGGAUAUAUUAUAAAAGACAAUAGAAUUAAUCGUAAUAAAUUGUCCGCGAAAAUUUGAUAAAAUACAUGUGGAAAUGCGGGGUUUUUCGAACCUUCGUAACGCUUGAUCGCCGGAUAAAAGGCGGAUAUGCUGCAACUUUCAUGCUUAAUUUUCUCAGUCAUCUGGGUAUGUAGUAAUCUAAUUUUAUGCAAUGUAAUGUGUUAUAUUUUCAAGGGCCUUUCAAUGCAGUUAUCGGUUUAAAUAUACCUAAAAUUCCUGUUAAGAGAUAUGACAAUUGCCGUACGGCCUACUUUUACGCAAACGAAAAUUAGCUACAAUUGCCACUUUCAUGCUUAAUUUUCUCUGUUAUCCGGGCAUGCAGUAAUGUAAUUUUAUGCCAAUGUAAUGUGUUGAUGAAAUUUGCAGUUGUAAUUUGCAUUUGCGUAAAAGUAGUCCGUACGGCAAUUGUCAUAUCUUAACGGGAAUUUGAGUUAUAUUUAUACCGAUAACUGCAUGGAAAAGCCCUUGAAAAAUAGCACCUUACAUUGGCAUAAAAUUACAUUACUACAUGCCCAGCUAAUAUAACAGAGAAAAUUAAGCAUGAAAUUUGCAGUUGUAAUUUGCGUUUGCGUAAAAGUAGUCCGUACGGCAAUUGUCAUAUUUUAACGGGAAUUUGAGUUAUAUUUAAACCGAUAACUGCAUGGAAAAGCCCUUCAAAAAUAGCACCUUACAUUGGCAUAAAAUUACAUUACUACAUGCCCAGAUAAUAUAACAGAGAAAAUUAAGCAUGAAAUUUGCAGUUGUAAUUUGCGUUUGCGUAAAAGUAGGCCGUACGGCAAUUGUCAUAUCUUAGCGGGAAUUUGAGUUAUAUUUAAACCGAUAACUGCAUUGAAAAGUCCUUGAAAAAACAGCACAUUACAUUGCAUAAAAUUAGGUUUACAUACCCAGAUAACAGAGAAAAUUAAGCAUGAAAUUUUUGCAAUUGUAGCUAAAUUAAAUUUUCGUUUGCGUAAAAGUAGGCCGUACGGCAAUUGUCAUAUCUCUUAACGGGAAUUUUAGGUAUAUUUAAAUCGAUAACUGCAUUGAAAAGCCCUUGAAAAUAUAACACAUUACAUUGCAUAAAAUUACUAGAUUACUACAUACCCAGAUGACUGAGAAAAUUAAACAUGAAAGCGCUACAAAUCUGUUGCGAGCACAUCUUGUUGACAAGUUGUAAUAUUUUAGCAUUGCUGUUGAGUAACCAGAUGCACCUGCAAAUCACGCUGCAGAUGUAAUAUGACCUUUAGAAUCGAUUUCCGACGUUUACCGAGCGCUAGGAUGUAUAAAACCACCCGUUUGGCCGUACAAUCUAGCUAGUAUAAUAACUAUGAGAUUGGUCGGGAGGCGCAGUAUUUAUACUUGCCAGAUUACCAAUCUCGCCAAUCUGAGUAGCAAAAAAAAUUAUACUAGUGCCAGACUACCGUUUAUCAAUAUAGCGCAUUCAAUAUGGCGACGAGCAAGCAGUGUUAUAAAUAUUACUGACUUCGAGUAAAUAAAUCGGUAAUACACAAGAAUUUGCAUCUUCUUUUAUGUAUCCUGCUUGCUGGUGAUGUAGCAACCAACCCAGGCCCAACAUCUGACUCACAAUCAAGGGACGGUUUCAAGAUACUGUAUUUAAAUGCAAGAAGCCUGAAAGCAUUUGUUCAUCCACCGGGGAAUACCUCCCCAAAAGUUUGCAAAAUUUCGUUAUUUCAAGAUUUAGUAUACAGUGGAAAUUAUGACGUCGUAUGUGUUUGCGAGACGUGGUUAAACAACUCAGUUUUAAGCAGCGAAAUUAUACCUAAUUAUGGAACUGUCUUCCGGCGUGAUAUAACUGGCAGAAUUGGUGGUGGUGUUCUCGUUGCUAUUAAGUCAGGAAUACAAGUCACACGUCGACACGAUCUGGAAACUGACAACACGGAACUUAUUGUUACUGAACUUUUUAAAUCGAACAGUAAACCUGUCAUCCUUUACACUUUCUAUCGCCCUCCUGACUCUACGCCUGAUGUCCUUCAGUCACUGAACAACUCACUCCAAAGAAACCAAGAAUCGAGUCGUAUUGUGAUGAUCGGAGACUUUAACCUACCAUCUGUUAAAUGGUCGAGUUAUGAAAAUGUUCCUGUGAAUACCGGAGGGUCCAAUGAGAAUGAAGCAUUUUGCGAAAUGGUGGACGACAACUUCCUUCAACAGUUCAUAUCUGGUCCCACCCACAUCGCUGGUAAUAAACUCGACCUUUUGCUAUGUAAUUCUCCAGAAAUCAUCGGUGACGUUUCUGCAUUCCUUCUUGAAUGUUUCCCAACAGAUCAUUACGUCGUGGAAAUUGAUGUUCAACUGAAGUUUAAAAGAGCCAAGCCAGUUAAACGCCGAGUUUUUGACUACAGGAACGGUAAAUUUGAUGAGUUGCGCAAUUUCCUCACGAGAAAUCCCAUUAAUAUUACUCCCACCGAUGAUAUUGAUAACUACUGGGAACAAUGGAAGGAAACGUUCUCAACUGCCGUGAAAAAGUAUAUUUCAGUAAGAACUGUUAAGGACACCAACUCCCCCCCUUGGAUUGAUAAAGAAGUCCGGAUUCUUAUCCGCAAGAAAUACCGUGCAUUAAAAAACUACCGAAUGAAUAGAUCUGCAACUCGGAAGCGAAAGCUGCGAUCCCUUACUCAACAAACUAAGCGUCUCAUUAGACGGAAACACCAAGAAUAUCUGGCUAAAAUUGAAAGUUCCUUCUCUGUCAAUCCAAAGCUGUUCUGGAGCUACCAUAAAGCUAUCCUACGCCACCGAGCAAAUCUGCAUCACGAAAUAACGUUCGACGGAGUUACUGCUAAAUCUGCAAAAGAUAAAGCUACACUUUUCAACGCGUACUUCUCUUCCGUAUUUCGUUCACCUUCCACAGGUUCAAAAUCAGGUAUCUGUGAUCUGCUUCAACCAUUAGAAAUUGAGGAGCUUUCCAAUAUAACACUCAAUGCGGAAGAAGUUGCGCGAAGUUUGUACAAUCUUGACACAUUCAAAGCAUGUGGCCCCGACGGCAUUCCAACUCGUCUUCUGCAAGAAUGCAGCAUCCAAAUUGCACCCAGCAUUUGUGAACUAUUCAAUCAUUCGCUGCACACCGGUCAGAUCCCUUCUGAAUGGAAAUCUGCCAAUGUUACGCCUAUCCACAAGAAAGAUUGUAAAGAACCAGCCGAAAAUUAUAUUAUUAGACCUAUUUCUUUGCUCCCCAUCCUUGGAAAAGUUCUAGAACGUGGCGUGUGUUUCAGACUUUAUGAUCAUGUCAAACAUCUCAUCACCAAAUUUCAACAUGGUUUCCUCAGACAACGUUCAUGUGUCACUCAGCUCCUAUCUGUUCUUCAUACUAUCGGACAAUCUCUCGACAAGAACACCCAAACAGACAUCGUUUACCUAGAUUUUGCAAAGGUAUUUGACACUGUUGACCACAAUAUUCUUCUCCACAAACUUAAACAGUAUGGCGUAUCAGGACAGUUGUAUGCAUGGUUCGAAGACUAUCUGAGCGGUCGUUGUCAACGAGUUGUGGUAGAUGGAGUUGCAUCUUCCUGGGCACCUGUAACAUCUGGUGUGCCACAAGGAAGUAUCCUAGGACCUGUUCUGUUUGCGAUCUUUAUAAAAGAUCUUCCGAAUGUACUACCAGACGAGACCUCGGCAGCAUUGUAUGCAGAUGACACCAAAGUGUACAAAUUAAUUAAAUCGGAAGAUGACUGUCAAAUUCUGCAACACGCCUUGACCAGCCUUGAAUGUUGGAGUCAUGAUAACAACCUAGAUUUCAACCAGUCGAAAUGUAAGGUGCUGACCAUCACACGAAAAAAGACUCCCCUCGUGCAUGUCUACCACAUGAAUUCAAAGGAACUCUUGCGUGUGGAUAAAGAGAAAGACCUUGGUGUUUGCGUCAGUGCCAACUUCAAUUGGGAUGUUCACAUCCACACAAUCACGGGUAAGGCUAACAAGAUGCUCGGGCUGCUUAAACGAACUUGCCCUCUUUUGAGAGACAAAACAGUACGACGAACGCUGUAUCUCGCGCUUGUUAGAUCUCAGCUAUGUUACGCUAGUGAAGUCUGGUCUCCACACACUGUCAAACUCAAGUCUAGAGUCGAAAGCGUCCAAAGAAGAGCCACCGCGUGGAUACUACAAUCCAAGCAUGGCGAAAUGA